AUGUCUACUAUUGCUUUCUUCCUCCUUUGUGCCCAAAUCUGUUUGGUGCAGAAUGUGUACAGUCAGUGUCUUGGAGCAGGGCCACUUCCAGCCUUUGGACCAGGAUUCGGACCAGCGUUAGCACCAGCUGCAGGAGCUUAUGGAAUGGGUCUAGCUGGUUCUCCCUUCGGACCAUACAGCUUUGCCCCAGCUGCGAUUGAAUUAGCUGCUGCUGGGUAUGGUGGUAGUGGUGUUGGUGACGUCGCUGUCGCUGGUGAAAUGCCAGUCGCUGGUACUACACUCGUCGCUGGUCAAGUUCCAAUCUUGGGUGCUGUGCGUUUUGCUGGUGAUUUGCCAGCCGCUGGUACUGUUUCCAUAGCUGGUAGCUGCGGCUGUGGCUGCGGUGCACCUUACUAUUAUUAAUCUGUAUUAUUAUUUGUUUAUUAUAGUAAUAAACAUUU